CGUGUUUUCGUUGCUUUGGCCAUGGCAUUCAUUCAGACUCAUGGCACACACGAUCAGCAAUUGAGCGGGCCACUAUUGGCUAGCCCGCUGCGUGUCGUCGUAUUGUCCCAGCUAGUUCUGUAUCUCACUUGGUCCGUCGCGUCUCUCGGGUCUGGAGACUGGCCGUAUUUUCCGGUGACACUCUAUUGGUGAACGUGUCUCACAGCCCACUUGGUGGCUGGGAACUCGGUCGUUCAGCACAAGUAACUACUGCAUAGUCGCAUCGGUGAUUCGAGGGCCAUCACCUCGACAAAAUGCGCCUCGGACAAAGACCUGGUUUUCGUCACCUAAGCAUUUGUUGCCUGCUCGGAGAUUUCUUCUCAGCCCUGUAGACCACUCCCAUUUACAGUCGUCGUCCUUCGCUUUCCGAUACUCCCCACUAUACUACUUUCAUCGUGCCUGAAGUCUCCUGUACCUGGGGGGCCUUUACUUGUCCAUUGGGAAACGUCAUGAAUGCACAUCAUGGCCUACGUACGACUGUGCUCGUUCGUUGUGUCUAGUCUUCUCACCUUGGCUUUAUCUCAACAAAAUGAUCCGAUCAAAGACUUCUGCCGCCGAUGGGGUCACGCGACGGCGCAGAUCGAUUCGAAACUCUACAUCGAUGGCGGCAUGAUAGCGUCGACGCCAUUUCAGUCAAACCAUACGAACCCAUGGCUUUUAUUCAGCGACUUGAACCCAUCGACCGUCGGUGCCGAGAUGCCGGCGCAAUACGCAAAUCUGUCCAAGCCUGGCAACAUACCGAGCGUAUCUGGCGGCUAUACCUGGGCAGACAACACCAACAAAUGUUUCUAUCAAUUUGGGGGAGAAUAUCCUGAAGGCGUCAGUCCUACAGAUUUCAGUAUGUGGACCUAUGACGUGCCACUCAAUCAGUGGAACAGCACCGACACAGUAGGCGACAAAACUAUACAACGAGUAUCGUUCGGUGCUGGGACACAGGUAGAAGAGCGUGGACUCGGUUUCUACUUUGGCGGCUGGCUGAGCAAUCGAACUACGGUAGGCUGGAAAGGACCCCCUAUGGCUACAAAUGGUCUUAUUCAGUUUGACAUGUCUACUGGCGACUUGAAGAAUAUAUCGGGACCGGAUGAAAUUGGAAGAGCUGAGGGACAACUGGUCUAUCUUCCCGUGUCUGACAGCGGCGUGCUGGUUUAUUUCGGCGGCAUCGAGGAUACUUAUCGUAACGGGAGUUUUGAUGCAGCGAACAUGAGUACCAUUCACAUCUACGAUAUGGCUUCGUCUAAAUGGUAUACACAGACAGCCUCGGGCACCGCACCUCCUACGCGCAGACAAUUCUGCGCAGAUGUUACCUGGCCAGAUGACAAGUCAUCUUAUAAUAUUUAUCUCUAUGGCGGUUAUGGGUUUGGGGGAACUCCCGCAUUUGAUGAUGUCUACACCCUCUCCCUUCCCUCUUUUACGUGGAUAAAGGCAUUUCCCCUUGGUGAUGGUGGGCCAAAUCCUGUCAUAAUUGGCCAUGGAGGUUGUAGUGCCAACGUCAUCAACCGUACACAGAUGUUGGUCAUAGGUGGUUGGUUUCCCAUAUACGACAAAUGCGAUACGCCAGAAAGUCAAGGACAGCAUAACAUGGUGCUUGGGUUUAAUGGCGAGGGUGCUAAGCUUUGGGAUAAGUUUCAACCAAAGAUUGACGACUACGUGGUACCUUCGCCUAUUGUGGCAGCCAUUGGUGGGGGACCAACUGGAGGUGCCACUAAAACUGCGCCCGCAACGUGGGGGCAUCCUGACUUGGCGACAUAUUACACUUUGAAACCUUCCUUCGCAGCCAGAUCAGCUACUCGUCCACUUCCAUCGGCAACGGGAUCGCUGUCACCCAACCAAUCCAAGAAGACAAGUGUUGGGGCUAUUGCUGGAGCCGCUGUUGGAGGUGCUGUGGGACUGAUCCUUUUAUUAUGCCUUAUCUUGUUUUGCCUACGCAGACACAAGAAUGCUUUGAAGGAAAAGAGAAAGAAAAAAGGUGAUACAAACAACGCGAAUCCGCCAAUUCCGCCUGCCGAGUUGGAAACCACGGUUCCACAGGAGAUGGCCGCCGCGGAGGCUAGCAAGUACGUAUCCAUUCACAAUCGAGCCGACGCUGCCGCUCUUGCCCAACAUCAGGAACAUGCCCAACAGUACUCACAUUCCGCCAGCCACAACUACAGCUCGCUGCAGCCCGCUCAAGGCCCUCCGUCGUACGGAUUUGUGCCGCCAUACACAUCACCCACAGAAGCUACUUUCAACCACAUCUCCCCUAGUGUAGGGCGGUCCUUUUCAGAUGACGGAAUUACACAAAACUCUCCAACUACGGUGUGGGCUACGCCGGCAGACUAUCAUUUAUAUGGGUCAAAUCAUGAAGGGCAUUAUUCGUAUCCCACUCCGACAACACCACGGCAGCCCCCAGGGGAUCUUUUUCACCAACAAAUUCCAAUAUACUAUCCGCAAGUCAAUGCCAUGACAACACGCUCGCGGCAUUCCCGGAGCAAUCUCACCGAAGAUGGGGAGGCCUCUGACAGUUCACUAGCAGGUGGUUUGGAGCAGCUCCCUGUCAGCAUUGCAAACACGCCUUCUCACUUUUAUACACAUGCAGGAUCGUAUAUUUCGGCAGGAAGGAGCAGCGGUGGACGGAGUCCGGAUGGAAGGAGACCUGUCCAAGGGAGAUUUAUGGAAGAAGAUUAUGUAUGAGUAAUGCAACUUGAUGCAGGGCCCAGAAACUUGGCCUGUUGUGAUAUCAAGCUUGCAGACAUCAAGGGUUUUAAUUUUCGGGGUCAUGUCCUAUGAUGAACUGGCGUUAUUUGGGAUUGGCAUGCUUUAGUCAAGCACAGGAUAUACAAUCUUUUCAGAAUCUACUAUGACAUUAAUUAUUAGCGGAUAUAUGCAAUUAGAUACUAACGAAAUGAAAUUCGGGCCGACUAUAAUACUUAGAGAGAUUACAGCUAUCUUAGGCUAGCCAAAAUUACACACG